AUGACUUACGAAAACAACACACAGCAGAACGGUGCUGGCACCAACGACAUCGAGUCGAAGUUCGCCAACAUGUCCGUUCAGAACGGCGGCGCCGCUGGCGGUGCGCCUCGAAAGGCCUAUGUCCCACCCCACAUGCGCGGCCAGCAGCAGAGCAACGCUUCGCUCAACUCGUCUGCCGCCUCAUUCAGCCCUCGCGCCCCCGCCGCUUUCAACAGCAACAGCAACGGUAACGGUCACGCUGCUCCCGCUGCUCCUGCCGCGUUCAGCAGCUUCAACCGCGGCGCUCCUCGCGGUGGCGCUGGUGGAUGGGACACCCCGUCCUCCGGUGGCUACGGUGGUGCUCGCAGCAACGGCGGUGGAUACGGCGCCGGACCUCGCAGUGACGGAACUGGUCAGUGGAAGGACGGCAAGCACGUUCCUGGUGCUCCCAACGCGCGUCUCCAGAAGGAGCUCUUCGGUGAGGAGGGCGACGGUCUGCACCAGAGCAUGGGUAUCAACUUCGACAAGUACGGUGACAUUCCCGUCGAGGCCAGUGGUCGCGACGUUCCCGAGCCCGUGCUCACCUUCACCUCGCCUCCCAUCGACGCCCACCUGCUCGAGAACAUCAAGCUCGCCCGUUACACUAACCCCACUCCCGUUCAGAAGUACUCGAUUCCCAUCGUCGAGCUCGGACGUGAUUUGAUGGGUUGUGCCCAGACCGGUUCCGGUAAGACGGGUGGUUUCCUCUUCCCCAUCCUCUCGGCUCUCUUCACCCAUGGCCCUCCCCCUCCCCCCACCGAGAUGGCCCAGGGCGGCUACGGCCGCAGGAAGGCGUUCCCCAGCACUCUCAUUCUUGCUCCUACUCGUGAGCUUGUUUCGCAGAUCUACGACGAGGCUCGCAAGUUCACCUACCGAUCCUGGGUCAAGCCUGCCGUCGUCUACGGUGGUGCCGACAUUGGCACGCAGCUUCGUCAGAUCGAGCGUGGCUGCGACUUGCUCGCUGCCACUCCGGGUCGUCUCGUUGAUCUGAUGGAGCGUGGCCGCAUCAGCCUCAGCAACGUUCGCUUCCUUGUUCUCGACGAGGCCGAUCGCAUGCUUGACAUGGGUUUCGAGCCCCAAAUUCGUCGCAUCGUCGAGGGUGAGGACAUGCCCGGUGUCAUGGACCGCCAGACGCUCAUGUUCUCGGCCACCUUCCCCCGCGACAUUCAGCUGCUCGCCAAGGACUUCCUCAAGGAGUACGUCUUCCUUUCGGUCGGUCGUGUCGGUUCCACCUCCGAAAACAUCACGCAGAAGAUUGAGUACGUCGAAGACGAUGACAAGCGAUCGGUGCUUCUCGACGUCCUGGCUUCGAUGCCCACUGGCGGUCUCACCCUCAUCUUCGUCGAGACCAAGCGCAUGGCCGACAUGCUCAGCGAUUUCCUCCUCCGCUCCAACAUCGGCGCCACCUCCAUUCACGGUGACCGUACUCAGCGUGAGCGUGAGCGUGCCCUCGAGCUCUUCCGAACGGGUCAGACUCCCAUCAUGGUGGCUACCGCCGUCGCCGCUCGUGGUCUCGAUAUCCCCAACGUCACGCACGUCGUCAACUACGACCUCCCCUCGGACGUCGACGACUACGUCCACCGCAUCGGUCGUACCGGUCGUGCCGGUAACACGGGUCACGCCACCGCCUUCUUCAACCGAGGCAACAAGAACAUCGUGCGUGACCUUCUCGAGUUGCUCAAGGAGGCCAACCAGGAGAUCCCCUCGUGGCUCGAGGCUGUUGCCCGCGAGAGCAUGUUCGGCGGCGGAGGCGGAGGCGGUCGCGGUGGUCGCGGCCGUGGCCGUGGUCGUGGCGGCGCCUCUUCGUUCGGCAGCCGUGACGCUCGUACCAUGAACGGUCCCUCGUCGGGCGGCGGACGUGGUUUCGGCGGCGGCUUCGGUGGCGGCAUGGGCGGUGGCUACGGCGGAAGUAUGGGCGGCGCGGCUGCUUACGGUGGGCCUCCCCCUGCUUCCAACGGUGGCAACUACGGCGGCAACUCGUCGUGGUGGUAA